UGCUCCCGCCAAAAAGCUUGGUUAUUUUCCCGCGCUUUGCUUCUAUUUGUUUUGACUUUCCGCAACUUCCGCACGCAAACGCUUCGUUAGCAGCGUCGUCUCUGAUAUCUUCUGGAUCUCUAGUCUUUGGAUACAAAAUUUUGAGGAAUCGUUAGAGCAUAUGGAUACAUCAAACCCUGCAAUUUUUGUUAAUGGAGAGUCAUUGCAGAUGUAUGUUGGGAAAAAAGUUAGAGCAGUGGUUCAAAUAAUUAAAUCUGAUGGUGCGGACAUGAUUGGAAAAUCUACAGAUGAACAUCAAUGGACUUUAAAGGGCUUGUCAUCUGCUCCUCUUAUGAGUUAUGUGGAGGUCAUUGGUGUAGCUGAGAGCAACCAAUCAAUCGGCGUUGAAUUAUGGACCGACUUUGGCAACUCAUUUGAUGCCCACUCGUACAAUCAACUAUGCCAACUUGCAAAUGGGGAAUUCAAAGAUUUAUUUCUAUAGGGGAUGGCAGUUUACAAAGCUUUGAUUGAGCUAGUCACUGAAAUCAAGGUUAAGUGGCAUUGUAAAGUUAAGUUGCUAUUUCAUGUGUAGUGAGACUGAAGAUGUUUGCAAUGCCUAGGUUUUUUCUGAAUUGUUGCUCUUGUUCUGUCAUGUCAAUGUACUUACAUGGUGCAGGGUUCUCUGCUACUGCAACUAUUACUAUCGUUAUUAUUAUCAUUCAAUAAUCCCCUAA